AUGGCCCCGCCCUCCGCCGUGGCCCCGCCCCCGUCAUGGCCCCGCCCCUCCGGCCUGGCCCCGCCCCGUUCCCGCCGUGCCCCGCGCUCCAAGAUGGCGGCGCCGUGGCCUCAGCCGCUGCUGGUGCUGCUGGCGGCGGGGGCGGCGCUGGGCGGGGGCGGGGGGCUCUGCCGGGGGGGCCCCGGCACCGGCACCGGCAGCAGGCCUGGCGACACCGAGAGCUGCCGGGUGAGCCUGAGCCUGGAGCACUCCUUCGAGCUGGAUGACGCCCCGCGGUUCCGGCGCCGGGGGACGCUGGCGCUGAGCUUGGGCCCCGAGCCGGCCGUGGCGCUGGCCCAGAAACCGCUCGGGGACGAGGAGCGCGCCCGGCUCAGGGAGGUGGCAGCGCGGGACGGGCUGUACCGGGUGCGGGUCCCCCGCAAGCCCCUGGGCCCUGGCGAGGAGGGGGGCACUGAGUUCGUCACCUCCUUCGUGCGGGCCUGUGCCCUGCUGGAGUCGCACCUGUCGGAUCAGCUGACGCUGCACCUGGACGUGGCCGGGAACGUGGUGGCCCUGGGGGUGGUGGCAGCUCCGGGGACCUGCCGGGGCACCGAGGUGGAGGACGUGGACCUGGAGCUCUUCAACAGCUCGGUGGCCCUGAGGCAGCCCCUGCCUGCGGCCACCCCUGAGACGGCCGCCUUCAUCCGACACCUGGAGCAGGAGCAGGCGCAGCGCGCCCGGAACCCCCAGGAGCAGAAAUCCUUCUUCGCCAAAUAUUGGAUGUACAUCAUCCCCAUCGUCCUCUUCCUCAUGAUGUCCGGAGCUCCUGACGCCGGGGGGGCACAAGGGGGGGGCACGGGGGGUGGAGGGGGGGCAGGGGUCAGGUGAGACCCCCCAAAAACA